CACCUCCCCGCCCCACCCAUCGCCGAAUCGGAGUCCCGCUCGCGUCCACCCUUGCCAGAGCUCGAGAGCUACCUUCUGGUCCGGUUGGACAGAUCCCUUCGGGCGCAGCGUCCCCCCGAGAUUAUUCAGGCAAGGUGCUGUAACAUAAGAUGCAAGGGGGAAGAGGUGGGAGGCAGGGUUUGUUCGGUUUUGGGGACCCUUUUGUUGGUUUCGGCAGCUUUGGACAGCCAGGGAACAUAAUGUCCGGUUUCUUUGGUGGCGCAAAUCCCUUUGAUGACCCUUUCUUCACAAACCCCUUUGGUGGCAUGAUGCAACCUAGUUUCUCAACCCCUUUCAGCGGCAUGAUGCAACCUAGCUUCAUGAACCCCUUUGGUAGCAUGAUGCAACCUAGCUUGCUUGGAUCAAGUAUGUUUGCAUCCCAUGGCAAUCUCAAUGGAGGCACUUUUGGAAGCCAGACACAUCUCAAUCAAGGCAUGAGCAAUGCCAGUGGUUUCAUUCAGCAAGCCUCUGAAUCGAGCAGGCCUAAAGGGCCAAUUAUCAAGGAGUUGUCUUCAGAUGACGAGGAUAAACCAGAGGAUGAUAAAGAAGAUGGCAAGAAGAAUGGCAACUUUAGGAAGCAUCCAAGGGAAAGCAGAGAACCGUGUGUGGAGGACCCAGAUGAAGAAGAAGAAGAAGAUAAUAAAAGACCUAAACAUAGACAAUUUGGGAGGGAGCUCAGCAGAUCUGGUACAUCACGUCUACAGCCUCAGACAUUUAUGUUUCAGAGUUCAACUGUUACAUAUGGUGGUCCAAAUGGAGCCUGUUAUACAUCUUCAACGACUAGGAAGACUGGUGCAAACGGAAUUACACUGGAAGAAAGCAAGGAGGCAGACACAACUACUGGUAAAGCCACCCACAGGAUCUCACGUGGCAUUGGCAUUAAGGGUCACUCGUUAACAAGAAACCUUAACUCCGAUGGACGUGUGAACACCCUUCAAACUUUACACAACUUGAAUGAAGAUGAGCUUGGUGGGUUUGAAGAAUCAUGGCAAAGAAAUGCCAGGCAGAAUAUGCCUGGCUGGGAUACUAGAAUGAACAUGCUUGGCAACGGAAAUCUUCACACGGGCUUCCGAGAUGCGAAUCAAAGGCCAGCACUUCCUGCCCCAGGACGAUCCCGUAAAGCGAAUUCCUCAUGGAACUUCCAGAAUGGCUCUUCCACGGGUCGUGCACCCCGCACAUGAGUUCUUCUGUGCCAUACGCAGGAUCACAGUGCUCAGUACCGGUCGCAUCCACUAUUUUGCAGAAAAAUGUUGCAACCCGAGCGCUCAUUCGAAAGACUACUGUAUAGCUUAUGACAGUUUUUUAAUAUUGAAGAGCUUCACUGGAGACAACUGAAAAUCAGAAGCUUUCCUUAGUUUGAGCAGUUCUAUCCUAGUGCUCCAAUCACUGUAGUUUAGUGCUGCCUAAUAUGUUUUGAUGGGAAGGACAAUUUCUUCAUGAAUGACUCGCCCUAGAAUCAUGUAGCCUCUUGCCAACAGCUUAUACAUCCACAUAUUUAAACUCU